UUCUCUUUCUUCAAGAAUCUUCUCAGGUCUGCCCGUGCACACAGUUAUUCAAGUUCGAGCUCAGUUUUCAGUCUCAAUCACCAUUUCAAGCUUCGAAGCUUGCCGUUUUUAUUGCUACAAUUGCUUCUUCUGAGUUUUGUUGUAAACUUCAUGAUUAUUGUUACACUGUGUUCAGCUGGAGAUGUCGAAUUUCGCUCCUGCGCUGCUUGUUCUUCUCUUGAUGAUCGGUGGAAGCUACGGAGCGACUGCUCAUUUCGUCUCUGGUCCGCACAUUGCGGACGUGAAUAUACUAUUGCCUCCCAAAAUGACUAAUCCAGUAGAGUAUAGGCUGCAAGGGAGUGAUGGUUGCUUCAAAUGGUCUUGGGAUCAUCAUGAUAUUCUUAAUGUUCUACCAGAAUACAAUGUAAGUAGUCACUGCUCGACAAGUGCUCUGCUGAGAUCUAUUGCUCCUUACAGUGGUCGCAAGGAGACCGCUGUUUAUGCUGCUGAUGUACAAACUGGAAUUGUAAUUCGCUGCAAAGUUUUUAUCGACAAAUUUUCAAGAAUCCAAAUAUUUCACAAUUCUAUCAAACUUGACUUGGAUGGGCUUGCUACACUCCGAGUCCGUGCCUUUGACAGUGAAGAAAAUGUGUUUUCGUCAUUAGUGGGCUUACAAUUUAUGUGGUAUUUGAUUCCUGAAACUGAAGGAUCCUCGCAUCACCUAACUCAUCUCCCCUUGAAGGAUUCUCCUCUUAGUGAUUGUGGUGGGUUAUGUGGAGACUUGAAUAUUCAAAUAAAACUGGAAGAUAGCGGCGUAUUUUCUGAUCUAUUUGUUGUAAGAGGAAUUGAAAUUGGCCAUGAAAUUGUUUCUGUGCAUUUGCUUGAACCAGAUGUUAAGCACAUGGCCGAUAAGAUUGUUCUGACUGUGGCAGAGGCAAUGUCACUUGAUCCUCCCUCACCUGUUUUUGUCCUCGUAGGUGCUACUGUUCGUUACAGUCUUAAAGUUAUUCGUGCCAACAUACCCCAAGUGGUAACAUUACCAUCUCCACACUACCGAUGGUCUUCUUCAAACUCUUCCAUAGCUCAUGUUGCUUCUGACCUGGGUUUGACAAGCGCUCUAAGAUUUGGUGUUACAGCUGUAACUGUUGAAGACACUAGGGUUGUUGGGCACAUUCAAAUGUCAUCAUUAAAUGUUGUCAUGCCAGAAUCUUUACAUUUGUACAUUACUCCUUUGCCUAUCGUCGACGAACCCGUUGAAGGAAUAGAAAGAUCUGUAUCUCUUGCCAAUUGGUAUAUUGUUUCUGGUCGUCAAUAUCUCAUUCAAUUGAAGGUUUUCUCACGUGGACCUGAUGCACAAGAAAUAUACAUUACAGAGAGUGAUGAUGUUCAGUUAUAUGAUAACCAAUCCCAGUUCUUGAGAACUUACCUUUUGACCAAUGAUCUUGUACCAAAACACAAAUGGCGAACUUCAAGAAUUUUGCAAGCAAUUUCAAAAGGACAAGGAAUGCUGACUGCUUCACUGGCUUACUAUGGUAGUGAUUAUGAAACUAAGGAGGUUCUCAAGAUCGUGCAAGAAGUUGUCGUAUGUGAACGUGUAAGAUUCAGCUUGGACGACAGAAAUGGAGUAUCAAGAAGCAUCUUCUUACCUUGGACCCCUUCUGUUUAUCAGGAGGUGUUACUUGAAGCUACUGGUGGUUGUGCUAAGACAUUAAGUGACUACAAGUGGUUUUCGUCGGACAUAAGUGUUGUCACCGUAUCUGCUUCUGGAAUUGUUCAGGCAAAGAAGUUCGGUAAAGCAACUGUUAAAGUGCUGUCUAUUUUUGACUCGUCAAAUUUUGAUGAGGUUGUAAUUGAAGUAGCCCUGCCUGCAUCCAUGGUGAUACUUCCCAGUUUCCCUGUAGAGACUGUUGUGGGAUCAUAUCUUCAAGCAGCUGUCUCAAUGCAGUCAUCAAAUGGUGACUAUUUCUAUCGAUGUGAUGCUUUUAAUUCCCAUGUAAAGUGGAAAGUUGAGAGUGAAUCAUUCAAAAUUCAAAAUAAAACAUGGGAAAUGCCUGUACUAGACGUGGUAGAAAAUGUUGAGCCACGUGGUUUUUCCUACGGCCCUCCUUGUUCAUGGGCUUCUGUCUAUGCUUCUGGUUCUGGUCAUACUGUGCUGCAAGCCACACUAUAUAAAGAACAUCAGCAUUUUGAUCUCUCUUUGCAUGGGCCUAUUUUAUUAAAAGCAUCUGUACAAAUUGCUGCUUAUCCACCUCUCCUUGUUGGGUACAUUGGUGAUGGUAGUCAAUUUGGUGGCUUUUGGGUUGAUCCGACUCCAACAGAAGUUGAUAGUUUGGAAAGUCUGUAUAAGUUACAUCUUGGUCCUGGAACAUGUUCUAAUGUCAUGCUUCGUGGCGGUCCUGAACAUUGGGGUCGAGGUGUUGAAUUUAUUGAAUCUGUUGAGAUUUUGGAUGAAGAUUCUGUUGGCAAGGGCGGAAUUUUUGUGCACCAAAUAUCUGAAAAUUAUGGUUCAUAUCAAAUUCAAUGUCAAAGACUAGGAACCUAUACCCUUCAAUUUAAACGCGGUAAUUUGAUUGGAGAUGGCCAUCCGACACCUGCAAUCGCAGUAGUUCUGGUCUCAGUCAUGUGUGGAUUCCCUUCUUCGAUUGUCUUAAUUGCUGACGAACCUGCGAAUAAAAUUGACGUCAUACGAACUGCAAUUCUAGUUGAUGGGGGUUCAGUGAGACAUCGUGCUGCUCCUGUUACCGUGGCUAAUGGUCGCACUAUAAGAAUAGCUGCAGUUGGUGUUAGUGAUUUAGGAGAGCCUUUUGCAAACUCAUCUUCUCUUCAUUUGAGGUGGGAACUUAGCAGUUGUGGAAGUUUAGCUUACUGGGAUGAGCGGUAUGAUUCAAAGAGGUCUAAGUAUAGUUGGGAGAGAUUUUUGAGAUUGCGAAAUGAAUCAGGAGAGUGCAUUGUUCGUGCAACUGUCACCGGCUUUAGUGACGCUGUGAGGAGAGAUUAUUCUGCCCAGUGGCUUGAUAAUGCAGAUAACCUUUUGACAGAUGCAAUACGUUUACAGCUUGUUUCUACUCUAAGAGUUCACCCAGAGUACAAUUUGCUGUUUUUCAAUCCGGAUCUCAAGGUAAAUAUGUCGAUUACUGGAGGGAGCUGUUUCUUGGAUGCUGUUGUGAAUGAUUCUCGUAUUGUUGAAGUUAUUCAACCUGCUCCAGGUAUACAAUGCCGAGAGUUAGUGUUGUCACCUAAAGGAUUGGGAACUGCGCUUGUGACGGUUUAUGACAUUGGGCUCACUCCUCCACUAUCAUCUUCAGCUGUGGUUCAUGUUUCCGAUGUAGACUGGAUCAAGAUUAUCUCUCAAGAAGAAAUAAGCCUUCUGGAAGAAGGCUUUCAAGUUGUUGAUUUAGCUGCUGGGAUUAGUGAUGGAAGUACUUUUGACUCCUCCCAGUUUGCGUACAUGAAUAUUCUCGUUCAUAUUGAGGAUCAAAUAGUUGAGCUUGUAGACACUGAUGAUUCUAUGAUUACUCGUCAUGGGGUGGUUAAAGCUCCAAGGUUCAAAAUUAAAGCUGUAUCACUUGGGACAACUACUCUUUAUGUGAGCAUUCUACAACAAUCUGGACGUGAAAUAUUAAGCAAACCAAUAAAGAUUGAAGUCUAUGCACCACCAAGAGUUCACCCACAUGAUAUUUUUCUUUUUCCAGGUGCAUCUUAUACGCUCACAGUCGAAGGUGGUCCAACAGUUGGCACAUACGUUGAAUAUGCAAGUUUGGAUAAUGCAAUUGUGAAUGUUCACAAGUCUUCUGGGCUACUUUCGGCAGUUUCAUCUGGGAAAUGUAAUAUCAGUGCGACUUUUUUUCGUUACGGAGGCUCUAUUAUUUGUCGAGCAUAUGGUAACAUUAAAGUAGGAAUUCCGUCCAAUGUGUUGUUGAAUGUACAAAAUGAACAACUAGGUGUUGGGAACGAGAUGCCUAUUUACCCCUUGUUUCCAAAGGGUGAUGUAUUUUCCUUUUAUCAAUUGUGCAAAGGUUAUAGUUGGACUAUUGAAGAUGAAACGGUGUUGAGUUAUAGAUUGUCAGAGCGCCUCAGUGGUAGAGACUUCAAGCCUACUUCAACUGUUCUAGAGGAUGUUCAGUUAAUGAGUUAUAUGAACGAGGAGCUUGGCUUUAUCAAUAUGGUAUAUGGAAGAUCUGCAGGCAUAACAAAGAUUGCUGUAUCGUUCCUGUGUGAAUUCACUUCUGAUUCAAAAAUAGAAACAAAAUUUUUUAAUGCUUCGGCGUCUUUAUCAGUGAUACCUAAUCUUCCCCUUGCUCUUGGAGUUCCAAUCACCUGGAUUCUUCCUCCCUACUACACUUCAAGCAAAGCUUUGCCAGCAUCCUUGGACUCAUAUGGCCACUGGGAGAGUCAGAGCCGAAAAAGAACUAUAACAUAUUCCAUAUUAAGAGGUUGUGGUGAAAAGGAUGAAGAUGCCUGGAAGGAUGCCAUCUCCAUUCACGGGGAAAGAAUAAAGACUGCAGAGAGUAACAAUAUUGCAUGCAUUCAGGCAAAUGAUCGCUCUUCUGGAAGAAUGGAGAUUGCUGCUUGUGUCAGAGUGGCAGAGGUCGCCCAAAUAAGGUUAACAAAUCAGGAAUUCCCUUUCCACGUGAUCAAUCUUGCUGUUGAUACCGAACUUCGUCUUCCAAUUAGCUACUAUGAUUCUCUAGGCAAUCUCUUUCACGAGGCUCAUGAUGUUGUUCUCUUUUACGUGGAAACUAACUACCCAGAUAUUGUUUCUGUUAAUUAUUCGAGAGAAGGCAAUGGAUAUAUUUAUUUGAAGGCAAGGCAACAUGGUAGAGCUCUUGUCCAAGUAUCGAUUGACAAGAAUCCAGAAAAGUCAGACUAUAUAUUGAUUUCAGUUGGUGCGCUAAUACAUCCUCAAGACCCAGUAAUUCUUGUUGGUAGUCAUCUCAACUUCAGUAUAAAAGGUUUCAAUGGUCAACUUUCGGGCCGGUGGACUACAACCAAUGGAAGUGUUUUAUCCGUGGAUAUGCUAUCUGGGAUAGCUAAAGCAGUUGGUCCUGGUUCAACCGAAGUACUAUUUGAAGGUUCGAAUUUGAACUUAAGGACAACAGCAACAGUGCAGACUGGGUACACUCUGUCCGUGGUUGCUCCAGCUGAAAUUUUGACAAAUGUUCCUUUCCCAGCAAAAGGAUAUAACUUCUCUGUGAAUUUCAGUGGCAAACAUGGAACACUUCUAAAUGAUAAGAGAGUCCUGCACGACUGUAGAGUAGACCCUCUCUUUGUUGGGUAUGCAAAGCCAUGGUUGGAUCUUGACAACGACAAUUCGUAUUGCCUCUUUUUUCCUUACUCGCCGGAGCACUUGGCACAUUCAGCCCCCAAGUUGAAGGCCAUGAGACCAGAUAUAUCUGUUACUAUUUAUGCUUCAUCUCGAGAAGGCAGCCAAAUUUCUGGAUCUGCUUCUGCACUUUUUAUUGGGGGCUUCUCUGUUAUGGAGAUGGGCAAGAGUGCAACGCAAUUGAUUCUGACUCCAGACUCGAACAAGACUGUUAUAACUAUCUUGGGGAAUACAGACGUUGAACUUUACUGCCAUGAACGGGAUUUGGUCAUCAUUGGUCCUAUUUCUAAAGAAGAUUCUGGGGUUGGUGGUCAUUCAGAGUAUGAAGUGAAAGCAAUGGGAACGAAGAGAUUCAAAGACAAAAUUAUUAUCACAUUAGCCGCCAACGGCCAGAGAACAGAAAUUGAUGUCUUCUAUGAACCCAGAGAAAAAGAAGUAUCAGUAGGCGCCUUUGGUACAACGACCAUUUGGGCUACAAUACUUGGCUCUCUGUUCUUGCUCAUAUUAACUAUUGCUUUAUUUAUUUGUUUCCUGGACAAGCCUAACAGAGCUCAGCCCUCUCAGCCCUCUCGUCCUGCCACUACUCAUACUCCAACUAUUACAGCACCCGUCACGCCCGAUCGCAGCAGUCCUGUUCUUUCGAAUGAACAGUCUCCUCGAACACCACAACCAUUUGUAGACUACGUAAGACAAACAAUUGACGAGACUCCAUAUUACAAACGUGAGGGAAGACGGAGAUUCAACGUGCAAAAUACCUUCUAGUUUCGUGUCUGCUGUCGAACUUAUUCCGACCCAUUCAACAGGCAUUCUUGUUACUAUGGCUGGAAGAAGAUCUGAACCUCUUGGCGGCUGUUUGGAUCCCACUUUUUAUUGGGCUCCAUUUUCGCACUUUUCUUUGGAGGAGAGGUUCAAGUUUUAUCAUGCGAGUCCCAGAUUUUGGAAUUGUUCUUAUGUUUGAUUAAAAUUAUGGGAUUUGCAAUGUUUUCCAACUCUAAAUCAUUUUCAAAGGAGUAUAUGUUAGAGAUUAGUAUCAUGCUAGAGGAUGAUUGAAUUGUGCUUAGAAUCAGGCUUUCUUAAGUGAUUGUUAAGACUUCUGUACACUCUUUGAUUUGGGUCUUUGUCUGGACUUUGGAACAAUGGCCCUGUACCAUUGGGAACAUUGGGUUACAAAAUUUGUAAAGCUAGUUUGGUUAUUGAUCAAAGCGACUCGAUUGUUGUAGGAGUCUAUGACGUAGAAUCUCUCAUGAAUACAAGUUUACUGACU